AUGUAUCCGUGCGACACCUGCGACAGGCAGUACCGAAGGAUCAUCUCCUUGCAGCGUCACAAGAAAUUCGAGUGUGGCAAGGAGGCGCAAUUCGGAUAUUAUUAUCGCAGAGGCAACUUGGGUCCUUCCUCAUUCGCAAAGUACAAUUGCGAGGCCUGCGGCAAGAUUUACAGGAGUUGGGCUUCAUUAAGGUUUCAUCGGCAUAUGGAAUGUAGAAAAGAACCUAACUUCCUCUGCACUUUCUGCAACUACAGGUCUCGCAGGAAAAGCAAUCUUCGUAGACACAUGCAGAUUUCUAAUGAUAUUUCAUGGUUUAUCCAAGGACAAGCACGAGUCGCACGUUUGAUUUCGGUGGCACGGAGCCUCAUGUGGGACAGUGGAACUGAUCUAAAGCUAUGUCUUCUCCCAUUUGCAGGUAACACGAAGGAGUACGGGAGCAUGAUCGAUCUAUCAGAGGAAGAAGCCCUGGAUCUACCAGCGCAAAUGCAGGAGAAAACAGUGAUGCCGUUCGCUGAACUGAAAAUACCGAAAGCUUGGAACUACAUAAAAAAUCCGCUCGGUCGAUUUGCCUGCGCCAAAUGCGGCCGUUCGUACAGGAGGAAGGAUUCAUUACAACGCCACAAGCAUUGGGAGUGCGGCAAGGAACCGCAGUUUAAAUGUCCAUAUUGCCCGCAACGUUGCAAACCCGAAGACCUGAGCAUCACCGGCCUCAAGUGGGCAGCGGCCUGGCAGCGAUGGAGCGUGCCGUCGAUCAUGUGGCGAUCCGGAGCGGGCUUGGGCAAGGGCCUGGGCUCCGGCUCGUCUAACCCGGAGGGCUUCAACUGCCCGGCCUGCGGCAGGGUCUACAAGCUGAAGAGUAGCCUGAGAAACCAUCAGAAGUGGGAGUGCGGCAAGGAGCCUCAGUUUCAGUGUCCCCAUUGCGUCUACAAAGCGAAGCAGAAGAUGCAUAUCGCGCGGCAUAUGGAGCGAAUGCACAAAGAGAAGAUUUACAAACAGGAACUUGUGUAA